AUGUCGCUGCCCUUGGCGACGUUGAGAGAGCUCCAGAAGCUCGCAGCACUCAAAGCAAAGGGCGUGAUCCUUGAACGACAGUACGAGGUGAUCAAGAAAUAUGUGAGGGAGGGUAACUCCCUCUCGAGCGAAGACUGGGAGGCCUUCGAUUUGGCGUGGGACCUGAGGAGCAGCGGCGUGUUCUCAGAAGAGUGGACCACGCAAGUUGAUGGAGACAUCUCGGGCAUCAGCAGCGCUCGCCCUACACUGUGUUCAGACCACGCUGCCGCGUCGCCUGCAUCCGGAAAGCGGUCAGCAGCAGCAGCAGCAGCAGCUCCGGCGGCGCGCGGGGCCCCGAAUCGAGGAAAGAGACAACGAGAGGACGACAGUAAAGGCUUGCUGAACAUUUACAACUCGUUCGCUAUUGGCAGCGGGGAACCGGUUGUGCGGACUCGCGCUGGCGUGCAGGAGUAUGUGUCCGGCGUCAGUUUUGCAUCGCCGGCCCCAGCCUCCCGUGUGCGAUGCCCCUACUGUCCGACGACCCUUGUGAACACACAGGCCUGGGGGUCCACAUGAAACCAACCACAGCACGGCCAAACAUGUUCCAAGGCCAGCGACUGCAGCAGAUGCUGGGAGUCGAU